AUGUCAGCCCAAGACCCGUCGGGACCGCCGCAGCCGCCCAAGGCCGCCGCCUAUGCCCUCGCCUCCAACCCCGUGUCGCAUACCGCAGACGACUUCGCCGUGGCCGACACUCCGGGCACGAGCGGUUUUGGUGGGAGCGGCAGCGACUACAUGAGCUAUCGCUCGCACAAGAACCCGCCACCAGCACCACCAACAGCAGGCCACGAGCACGGCGUGCACAGCGAGCAGCCCGCCAAUGCGCGCGAGGCCCGCGAGACGAGCUACGCGUCCGACCCUCGUGGCGAGCGGCAGAACGACAACGAGGACGCCGAGCAGAUGGCCCCGGCCGGCGAGGGCGCCGUGGCCCACGUCGUCGAGCGCAGGACGAGAGGGAGCGCCGCCGCCGCUAGCCACACGCGCGGCGAGGGCGCGCCCCACGGCCGCGUCCGUGGCGAGGUCACGCUCGACGGCGGCGAGGCUGGCGUGGAGAGGAAAAAAGCACAGCAGUCGCUCGCCCGCGAGCAAGUCAAGGCCGCGCGGCGCGAAGGGAAAGACGUCGACGGACGGGGCGAGGGCAACUUUGCCGGCCGGCAGCCGCACGCCGAGAUAGACUAA